UUCUUUUAUGCUAGAAAAGAAAAUUCCCCAGAGUGCUUACAAACUCUCCUCCCACUCCCUUUUUCCUGCCCUAAAUAAACAAUGGCGAAUGAGCACCCAGCCAGGGAUGUGUCUGACCAAACAAUCAUGGAUCAAUAGCCAUGUUUGGAGAAGGAAUUUGUGACUGCUCCAGCUACUGGGCAUUUUGUCUGUUCCAGUUCAUGUAAUCUCCCAACACCCCAUGAGGCAAGGGGGUUAAUCCCAUUUUACUGAAACUGAACUAAGACUCAGAGAGAUAAAGCUGUUGCCCAAUGAGCCUUCUUUCUGGCCUCCAGAUCCGCGGUGCUAAUUCCCCUUCUGAUGACCUAAUGAUUCUGAGCUUGGCAAAGGUCUUAUCUCCCAGCUCUCCCAGGCCCAGUGUUCCAGGAAUGUGACCUUUGCUGCAGCAGCCGCUGGAGGGGGCAGAGGGGAUGGGCUAGAGGUUGAGCAAACAGAGCAGCAGAAAAGGCAGUUCCUCUUCUUCAGUCCCCUCCCUCCCUGUCUCUGCCUCUCCCUCCCUUCCUCAGGCAUCAGGGCGGAGACUUCAGGGAGAUCAGAGCCCAGCUUGCCAGGCACUGAGCUAGAAGUCCUGCCAUGGCACCCCUGAGACCCCUUCUCAUGCUGGCCCUGCUGGCAUGGGUUGCUGUGGCUGACCAAGAGUCAUGCAAGGGCCGCUGCACUGAGGGCUUCAAUGCUGACAAGAAGUGCCAGUGUGAUGAGCUCUGCUCUUACUACCAGAGCUGCUGCACAGACUAUACGGCUGAGUGCAAGCCCCAAGUGACUCGUGGGGAUGUGUUCACUAUGCCGGAGGAUGAGUAUGUGAUCUAUGACGAUGGUGAGGAGAAAAACAAUGCCACCAUCCAUGAACAGCCGGAGGGCUCCUCCUCGAGCCCUGACCUCCAGGCCCAGCCCGAAGGGCAUCCUGAGCAGGCAACUGUUCUGAACCCUGAGGAAGAAUCCCCUGCACCUGAGGUGGGCAUCUCUAAGCCUGAGGGGACGGACUCAAGGCCCGAGACCCUUCGUCCAGGGACCCCUGAGCUCCCAGCAGAGGAGGAGCUAUGCAGUGGGAAACCCUUCGACGCCUUCACCGACCUCAAGAACGGUUCCCUCUUUGCCUUCCGAGGGCAGUACUGCUAUGAACUGGAUGAAAAGGCAGUGAGGCCUGGGUACCCCAAGCUCAUCCGAGAUGUCUGGGGCAUCGAGGGCCCCAUUGAUGCCGCCUUCACCCGCAUCAACUGUCAGGGGAAGACCUACCUCUUCAAGGGUAGUCAGUACUGGCGCUUUGAGGAUGGUGUCCUGGACCCUGAUUACCCCCGAAAUAUCUCUGAUGGCUUCGAUGGCAUCCCAGACAAUGUGGACGCAGCCUUGGCCCUCCCUGCCCAUAGCUACAGUGGCAGGGAGCGGGUCUACUUCUUCAAGGGGAAACAGUACUGGGAGUACCAGUUCCAGCACCAGCCCAGUCAGGAGGAGUGUGAAGGCAGCUCCCGGUCGGCUGUGUUUGAGCACUUUGCCGUGAUGCAGCGGGACAGCUGGGAGGACAUCUUCGAGCUUCUUUUCUGGGGCAGAACCUCUGCUGGUACGAGACAGCCCCAGUUCAUUAGCCGGGACUGGCAUGGUGUGCCAGGGCAAGUGGACGCAGCCAUGGCUGGCCGCAUCUACGUCUCAGGCAUGGCACCCCACCCCUCCUUGGCCAAGAAGCAAAAGUUUAGGCGUCGCAACCGCAAAGGCUACCGUUCAGACCGAGGCCACAGCCGUGGCCGCAACCAGAACUCCCGCCGGCCAUCCCGCGCCACGUGGCGGCUGUCCUUGUUCUCCAGUGAGGAGAGUAACUUGGGAGCCGACAACUAUGAUGACUACAGGAUGGACUGGCUUGUGCCUGCCACCUGUGAACCCAUCCAGAGUGUCUUCUUCUUCUCUGGAGACAAGUACUACCGAGUCAACCUUCGCACACGGCGAGUGGACGCUGUGGACCCUCCCUACCCACGCUCCAUCGCCCAGUACUGGCUGGGCUGCCCAGCUCCUGGCCAUCUGUAGGAGGCAGAGCCCACAAGGCUGGGCCCGCUAUAGCUCCCUCCUCCAAUCUCCUUCCCCCAGCCCAAUAAAGGUCCCUGAGUUUAAGACUA